CACCGUCGCCUCCGCCUCAUAUAAUUUUGCCUGCCUUGUCUCUGAUGAUAUAAACGCAACUUCUCGUCCCUCUUCAUCAAGUAUCAGCGAGCUCGAUGCAGGGGGCGCUAACGAUCGAUGGGGACGAGGCGCCGGAGAGGAGGAUGGAGCGGAUGAUAAGGGAGAGCCCGGUGGUGGUGUUCAGCCGGCGGGGAUGCUACACGUGUGACGUGAUCCUAAGGCUGCUGGCGGUGGUGGGGACGCACGCGACGGUGAUCGUGCUGGAGGACGGGGAGGCGGGGCCAGCGGCUCUGCCCGCGCUCUUCAUCGGCGGCGCGGCCGUCGGCGGCUUCGAGGGGCUCGUGGCGCUCCACCUCGGCGGCCGCCUCGUGCCGCGCCUUCGAGAGGCCGGCGCCUGACUCGCCCCAUAGGCCGCCGAGGUCAAUAUUGUAAUAUUAUCUCCAUUUGCCCCGCUCGAUAUGGCGACCGUCUAUGAAUGCAUUUAACUUGUUA